AUGAGGUCAGACUCCCGGGUGAGGGAAAUCAUGUCUGGACGCGGAAAACAGGGAGGCAAAGCUCGCGCUAAGGCCAAGUCUCGUUCGUCUCGGGCAGGUCUCCAGUUCCCUGUGGGUCGGGUGCACCGUCUGCUCCGCAAAGGCAACUACUCUGAGCGAGUCGGUGCCGGGGCGCCGGUGUACUUGGCAGCCGUACUGGAAUACCUGACAGCUGAGAUCCUGGAGUUGGCUGGUAACGCGGCCCGCGACAACAAGAAGACGCGUAUCAUUCCCCGGCACCUUCAGCUGGCUAUCCGCAACGACGAAGAACUGAACAAGCUGCUGGGCAAAGUCACCAUCGCCCAGGGUGGCGUUCUGCCCAACAUUCAGGCCGUGCUGUUGCCCAAGAAGACCGAGAGCCACCACAAAGCCAAGGGCAAGUAA